AGGCAUCGCGAAAAACGGCCUUUCCGUUGCGAGGGCAUCAUUGGCAUUGCCUUCCCGCCCCGCCCUCUUCACUCUCUCUCACUCAUCCGCUCUGCCCUCUCGGCAGAUCUGACGGCGAUGCAGCACCCUCAGCAGCAGACCGACCAGCAGCAGGCCGACCAGCAGCAGGAGCAGCAAAGCCAGAAUCAGGAGCAGCAUCCCUUCGUGUACAUCUUUCUCGGCCGCCGCACCUUCUACCUUCUCAGCCUCAAUGACAUCCUGCGGCUGAGGAAGAUCUGCAGAUGGCUCAAAGAGCUCUUCGGAGCGCUUCAGCUGCGGCAGCGACUCAGCCAUUCGCUCUGCACACAGGCGGGGCCGCGGCGGACUGCCAACGGACAGCAGCUCCUGACAUUCGACGAGCAGCAGAUGGGUGUGGGUGACCUGCUGGCGGCGCUGUGUGUGACGGAGGCGGGCGGCUGAAGUGAGAUGAGCGAGGUCAUUGAGCUGGCGGGGCAGUGCGGCCGCUGCCAGCUGCCUGUGAGGCUCACGGCGACCGAUCUGCACCGAUACCCAAACAAGACGGUAAGCCAACCGAGGGAGGGAGGGAGGGAGGGAGGCAGAGACAAUGGCUCUCAAUGGGUGUGUGUGUGGUGUGUGCAGGCGUAUUUGGCCGAUCCCCGUGUGUUGGCUCAGCUCAAGAUGGUCGGCCGCCACAUCGACUUCGGCAACGGGGUGACCUUCCAGCUGUUCCACCACGGCAACACACUGCGGGCCGUCAAGGACCAGGACGGCUUCGAGAUGGACAUCAACCCGCCCCUCCCUGCCAACCACCCCUACCAGCAGCACCGACAGCAGCACAACCCGCCCGUCCGCAGCAGGAUCACAUUUGUCCCGGCCUUGGGCUGGCACAUGAGUUUGUCCAGGCCUCUGGCCUACUCAUCUGUGUCGUCGUGUGUCAAGAACAUCGUCAUCAAACACUUCGAGGUGACUCACCAGAUCAACUUCACUAGGCGUACUAUCCACAGGUGAGGCGGGGCAUCACUCUGUGUGUACUUUGCCACGACAGACGAGUGUGUAUGUUAUGUGUGUGUGUGUCAGGCAUGUCGACAACAACCGGCUGGACACCCUGCUGACACAGUCCCCCCACACACCAGUCGCCGGAUGCACCACCACCACAUCAUACCGCACCACUGCCGGCUUCACUUCUCGUAGUCUCGUCCUGACCGGCGCAAGCCACUCGUUCGUGGCAUGGAUCUACAUCGUCGAAGCCUCCUUUUACAACUUCGGUCAGCCCAUUCACAACUUCGGUCAGCCCAGCACGGCACAGCGAGGGGGGGGGAGGGAGGGGGAAAAGCACACACACAAGACACACACAGCACUCACUCUCGUCUGCUGUGCUUUCCUGUCAUUCGUUUGCAGUGAUUGUGUGGGUCCACACGACCGAGCCGGCUGUGUCUGGUGUGGGCGGUGCCUUCAAGGACCGCUUCCCUCAGACGACUCGGCUGGCGCGUGUGGUGCUGGGUACCAUCAUCUCAGCCAUGGUCUUCGGCCAAUAAACAGCUGAGGUGUGCACCAAACACGACUGACACGAGCAGAAGAUGCGCACGCACGCACUUCUAUAUCCUCCGUGUGUCAGGUUGGGCGGUGGUGUCAUGCCGGCCCACAACAGUGCAGACGUGUUGUGAUCGGGGUGCAUGGGGGUGGGUGGGCGAUUGAUUUUCGACUGCGUGACUGCAUUGUAACUGUCUGUGCGCGACAUAUGUGCUGUUGCAUGUGUUUCACAGUCGUUGCCCCUUCAGACAGACAGACACAAAGACAGACAGACAGACCGCUCGUUGUCCACGGGAUCGAUACGUGUGGAUGCAUUCAUUCACAUCUCUUUCUGUCCCGGUGGAGCAGCCAACGCGUGUGUACAUGGGUGCGGCUCCCUCUCUGUAUUCAUGUGGGCC